GUCAACAUCGACUUAAGAAGCAUCAAGCAAGUUCUAAGUGGAACUAAUUAAUUUGUAGAGAAUAUUAAUUAAGACAAAAUGAGUGAUUAUGACCAACAAAAGAUUCAAAAUGAAAGUGUUGGUUAUCCUCAAAAACCUUCUCCUUUACCAUCCUCUAAUGAUCCAAGAAAAUAUCCAUCAUCACCUACAAGAAGUCCAGCCAAAACUUUGUGCACUUUCUUGUUAAUUUUAGUCAUCUUGGCUGGCCUUGUUGUGCUCAUAUUAUGGCUAGUUUAUAGACCCCACAAGCCAAAUUUUAGUCUAGUUGGUGCUGCCAUAUAUGAUUUAAAUGUAACAUCCCCUCCUUAUAUGUCAACCACCAUGCAAUUCACAGUGUUGGCAAGAAAUCCAAAUAGGAGAGUUAGAUUAGAUUAUGGCCAAUUUUCAGCUAUUGUUUACUACAAGGGUCAAGCAAUUACACCUCCAGUGGUGCUUCCACCUUUAUUUCAGAAAACAAAAAGCACGGUGAUAUUAUCGUCGUUGAUAAGAGGUGCAUCGGUACCUGUGUCGGUGGAAGUAGCAAAUGGAUUACUGAUAGAUGAAGUUUAUGGAGUUGUGGGAUUGAGACUAGUUCUUAUGGGGAAAAUGAGAUAUAAAGCUGGAAUUGUAAAGACUAAACACUAUGAAGUUUAUGUCAAAUGUGACAUGUUGGUUGGGUACAAAAAGGGAUUUAUGGGUCAAGUUCCUUUGCUUGGUUCUCCAGAUUGUCAACUUGAUUUAUGAAGUUUUUUUUUUUUUUUUUGAGAAUAAAAGAGACUUAAGUGUGUACUAUGAACUUGGAGAUUUGUUUCUUCUUAUAUCAAAAGUUGCAAUGUUGUAAUCAUAGUUGUAUGUUCUCAUUCCAGCCACCCUUUAAUUUGUAAGCAAAGUUUCAAUUAGUGCCUCUUCUUCUUUUUACAA